UGAAUCGUUGAAUUUGCCUUCACUGAGUGUUUCGCUGUUUUUUACAAGCUGGAUUUCGGCCAAAAGGUAAGCUAGUCAGCGCCUUUACAAAGAAAAUUUUAUUCACUACUAGCCAAGCGGAAAGAAUUGAUUUAAUCUCACCUUUUGAAAAUAUUCUUAGCGUGAAUAGUGAUAAUCACAAGCGAACACAGUUUUAACGAAGCCAACAAAGGACAAUGGAAUAGAGGUGAGAAGGCUUUAUUUUCUAUGAUUUUGAUUUCUUUCUUUUUCUAUUUUUCUGUUGUGUCUCUUUCCUUUUGGCCAAUUGUGAAUUCCUCUCGAAAUCCACCACGCUAGUGCUCUUUUAAGCAUUCGAUCGACCGCUCACAGCCUAUUGUGAUUUCACAACUUAGCACACACCGGAUUAUUUGUAACCCCUUAUUAAUAACUAGCAAUCUUUUGGCAAAUUUUAUCAAUGCAGCUGUGUUAUUAAAAUAUGCUGACAGCUUCGAUACUGUAACUCCCAGGGUCAUUAACUUACAUAUAAACAAUAUCUAAAUGUUCGUCAUAAAGAACUGUUCUAAAAUAUACAGCAAUAAAAUAUGAAACAGGAUUUAUUGUCAAUAUUUUAACUCCCAUAGGGCACUCAACUUCCAAAGUUGCUUCAUCUUGUCGAGUCAAUCGCCAUUACAAAUCAUUUGAACAUGCUUAAAUGAGAGAUUAAUCAGAGAUUUAUCUUAAGAAUCACAGGUUUUGAUAAUAAUGAUAAUGAUGUGAAGUAUAUGAAAUAAUUCAUUUUUGAACUGCGGUUGUAGAUGAAAGUGAAGAAUGAUCAUCGCAGUAAAUUUUCCAAUUUCCAUUGGUAAUUUUCCAAUUGCUCAGUUGGUAGAGCAACGCACCGGCAACGCGGAGGUCACGGGUUCGAAUCCCGUUGAAGCCCUUAUUUUUUUUCAGGCUUCUUCUUUCCAAUUGCUUAAAUUGGAAAAUUUACUGCGAUGAUCAUUCUUCACUUUUAAUAAUGAUAAUGAUGAUGAUAAUAAUAAUAAUAAUAAUAAUAAUAAUAAGUAAUGGUAACAAGACUGAGUGGAGUCCAAUUUGGUCUGUAAUCAUACAAGUGAUUAACAAAAUCUGCGGGAGUCCAAUUUGUUUAAUCACAAGUAUGAUUACAGACUGAUUUGGAUGACACAUAAGAAAUUCCAAUGUUUUUUUGCUAGCAGUGAUAAAAAGCCAUUUAAGCGUGCACGUGAUUGUGCAUACUGUCCCAUUACUUAUAGGCAUGACGCAUACUGUCAGGGCAGUUCAUGGCCAAUCAGAUCUGAGAAUUUUGAUUUAUAGUUAUGUUUAUAAUAAUAAUAAUAAGAGGAAGAAGAAGAAUAAGAAUAAGAAUCCUUAUACAGGGAGCUCAGUGCACAAGGAGUGAUAUUCAGUGAGCCCCUGCAAAACAAUAGAACAAUAAAUGAUCUUAGAUAAAUGAAUACGUAGUAGUUAUAAAAAGUGAAAAAGUUAAGAACUAAAAAUUUAACUGAUAUAAACUACAGGUUAAAAAUGUUAAAAUGUCAGAUAGAUUAAAAUAUUAAAAGCUAACAAAUAUCUAAAAUAUAGUGCUUUUUAUGCUCUGUUUAACCCUUCAAGGACUGCUCUGGUUGUUUCCUUUCCAUAUGGAACGAUGCAUAUUUUCCUUGCUGGACCCAUGUAGCGUUUAGUUUAAGUUAAUAUAUCAGUAAACAACAACAUCAGCGAAGAUAAAUCUUUCCAUCGAUGCCUUGUUUUGGUUAUUUUGACCAAUCCUAACAGAGUUACCAUAUUUCCUCGAAUAAUAGCCAUCCCUCAAUUAAUUGCCUCCCUCGAAUGAUUGCCCCCUCCCACCAUAGGUAACCCGAUAUCGAUACCCAUAGCAGUAAAUCUGGAGGAUGAGGCUGAAGUGGAGUCUGAUCUAGCAAAACUGAUCAGUCACGACGCUGAGGAUAUUGAAAAUGGUCCAAAAAAAGAAAUAAUCGCCCCCAGCGAUUAUUUGAGGAAAUACGGUACACUCAGAAAAAAGGUUACAUUUUGAGGAAAAAUCCACUGCCAAUUUCGCUGUUUACCUACUUCUCUUUGAAGAUUAAAUUUCUAUCUUUCCUAAAAGUUGGCCAGCCACAAUUCCAUACAAAGGAAAGAUGAUAAAGUGGACAAGAAAACUGUGAAUAAGAAUUAAGGCUAAGGAAAAGAAAGGAGAGCGAGAGAGAAAGAUCGAAAUAGAUUGCAGAAAAGUCCAAAUUUUGGCUUCUGCGCAUGGGUGGAAAACAAAAAAAGCUGUUUAAUUAUCUAGAAUUAGUCGGAAAAUAUGCCCUUUUUGUUGCAAAAUUCAUUUUAGCCAUUCUUAUGCUAAUUAGCCCGAAAACCAGUCCAAAGAAGAGCAAUAGGCCUUUUGCAUUAGUUGAUCACAUGAUCAACUUUUGGUAAACAUGAAAACAGUUUGCUUUUGAAAAAUUUUGUUAGCACAAGCUGAAAGAACAUAUUAAACUUAGGUAAACUGUAAAUUUUUGGCCGUAUAUCUCAACAGUAGCAAUUGCAACAGCCGCAGAAAAUUAGAAGGAUUUUUUUGAGAAAAAUUGUUUUCCAUACAAAUCCUUCUAAAUUUCAAAAUUUUCAAACUGUCGUGAAAUAUUUCCCUAAGCAUUACGGAGCUCAAAUCUCCUUUAAAUUCAUAACAGGCACUUAGAUCCCUUAAAUGAAUUAGGGAAAGAUUUAAUGAAAGUCUAAAAAUUUCAAAAUUUACAAGCAUUUGUAUGGAAAACCAUUCAAGUGUGACUGGGUGGUAAGUGGUGUUUUCCUCAUACAAAUCCUUCUAAUUUUCACUGGCCUUUGCAAUCACUACUUUUGAGAUAUACGGCUGAACAUUUACAGGUUACCUAAUUUUAAUAUGCUCUUUCAGCUCAUGCUAACAAAAGUUUUCAAAAGCGAACUGUUUUCGUGUUUACCGAAAGUUGAUCAUGUGAUCAACUAAUGCAAAAGGCCUAUUGGUAAAAGACGCGGUUUUCGCGCAAAUCGCUGGCUGUCACCAAAGGGUUAAAAAGAAGAGGAGAGUUAAUUUCUUUAAAAGCGAUGCAUUUAAGAAGUUCCAUUCCUUAGUUCAUCGCUUUCGCAUCUUGUUUUUUGAAAAAGUCUGGAAAAAGUCUUGAAUUUUGAAGGGAUUGAAAAUUCAAAUCAGGCUUCAUGUGAAAGCUUAUGAAUCAAUUUAUUAUUAGUAAUUUAUUAGUUCAAGUGGUAACGUACUAACUUGAGGAUCUCUAGGCUACUGUUAGAGGUUCAAACACAGAGGUAGUUGACUUGUUUAUUCCAGCAGGAGCUCAUGCCGUGGGCCACUGCUUUCUGUGACUCCCAGUGCUCCUUCAUUUUUAUUAUGGUAGGGGUGAUAUUCCUGGGAAAUCUUGGUGGGAUUGCUUUGUUUCAUAAAACAAAGCCUUGCCCUAUUCAGGCUAUAGUAUGUGAUUUUCUCCACCAUGUUUGAGACCUGACCCAAAAGAGGCCGGGGCAGGGGUAGUAGUGUUGUUCCAAAAUUUGAUACCCUACGAUGUAUUUGCCUCUUUUUCAGAUCGGCAUUGUCUCGUUUUACCUAGACUAGCAAAAUAAUGCAAUGAAAUUUUCACUGGUUUCAGAUACACUGUUGGUGAACCUGUUUGUCUAUUAUUAGCAUGGCGACGGCAGCACCCUCACCCCUGACCAGUUGUGUAGAGGAGACAAAUGGAAACAAGCUAAGAAGACUGCUCAUCAAUGGUGGAACUACAGUGCUGAGGAAUACUUUUGAUUACUAUCACCCUCCUGCCAACUUGGUUGCUGAUCUUAGUUCCAAAAGUAUUCAUUCCAUUCUUACUAAACUUCGGCGUAAAAACAUUCUGAAAGAUAGUCAAUGGGACAAACUGUUUCCACCACCAGGUGGAGGGCCACCAAAUGCUAUUAACUUUGACAUCACUCUUCUGUUCCUCUUGCUGAGGAACAUUUGCGGACUGUCCCCUCUCCUUUCAGGCUGGGACAAAAUGCCUCCCCGCGAGCGACACUUCUAUAGAGGCUAACCUUGCUCGCAUUAAGUACUACCGAAACGAGCUCUAUGGUCACGUGGCAACAACUGGCAUUCCAACACCAGUGUUCGAUGUGAAAUGGCAUGAAGUAAGUUCCGUUCUUGUUUCGCUUGGUUUAAGUCAGUCUGAGGUAGACAGAUUAAAGAGAGAGCCUUGUGGGGAGGACUAUGUCAGCGCUGUUAUUGAAUGGAUGAAAAAUGACGAGGAGAUCCAAUUCCAGCUGAAAGAUCUACGUACAAAACAACAGCAAGUGCUCCAAACCCAACAGGAAGAUCACAGAACUCUUCACGAUACGCAUCAAAUAGUUGGAAAAGUGCAACAGACGCAAAUAGAAGCCAGCAAUUUGCAACAGGAGGACCACAGAACUCUUCAAGAUACACACCAAACAGUUUGCCAAGUAGAACAGACUCAAAUGGAGACUAGUAAAUUGCACAAAGAGGACCACAGAACUCUGCAAAAUACGCUCCAAAUGGUUAGCAGAGUGGAACAGACGCUUCAAGAUACACACCAGGCUGUUGGCAAUUUACAACAAAUGUUACAGGAAGUUCGGACAACCCAACAAGAAUUGCAGCAGCAGAUAAAGCGUGAGGCUGCAAACGCUGAAGAAAGAGGAGAUAAAGCUGAAGAGGAUGAAGCUCUGAGAAAAUUAGCAAAAGUUGAUACCGAGAGCGUCAUCCAGUAUCACUCUGGGAAAUACCAGGAGGGAACGCGCUUGCGCAUCUUUGAGAAGAUCAAGUUGUGGUUAGAGGACCUUACAUCUGAAAAUCGUGUUAUGGUAAUCAGUGGAGAUGCAGGAAUGGGCAAAUCAGUGAUCUCCGCUAUCGUUUGUCAAACAAUGCGACGUGCUGGUCGACUGUCGGGAAGUCACUUUUGUCAGCACAACAAGGCGCGUCCCAGAAAUCCUAAGAUAAUGCUUCAAUCGUUAGCUUAUCAGCUGAGUGAGUUUUUGCCACAGUAUAAAAGAGAACUUGUAAAAGCACUGUCAAGAAACGUGGGUGAAGACAUCAACAACCUAGAGGUUGGAGAUCUGUUUGAAUUGCUGUUCGAGGAGCCUUUAAGAAAGGUGAAUGACCCUGGUAAAAGUUUGCUUAUGGUGAUUGAUGGCUUGGAUGAAAGUGAAUAAAAAGGCCGCAAUGAGCUGGUUGAUGUCAUAGCUAAUCACUUCUGUACACUUCCUGGUUGGGUUCGAUUUUGUGUUACAACUCGACCGGAAAUAAAUAUCGCAGACCGUCUUAAAAAGUUCAACCCUGUUCUACUGGAACAUGAUGAUGAAGAAAAUGUAGAAGACAUCAGACUUUUCCUUGAAAGACAGCUGUGCAGCGUCAUUCAAUCAGGCUUUGAAGAAGUUGUUAUCGAUGCACUGGUCCGGGAGGCUGCAGGGCAUUUUUUAUAUGCUUAUUUGAUGGUCGAUUUUAUCAAGGAAAACGUUUCACUUCUCACCCCCGAGGAGUUAGGGAGAACCUUACCUUCGGGUGUGUCGUCUGUUUAUCAGUCCUACUUUGAACGUUUAGAGAAAGAAUUGAAAAUUGGUGAGGACCAGUUUUUGACUUUUCUAAGUGCUUUGGCGGCUGCAAGAGAACCGCUACCACUAGACUUUGUUUCUAAGAUGUUACUUUCUGACUCAAAGUCCCCAUCUGGUCAUCGGAAAGUAAGAAAAACUAUCGACUCUAUCUCAACCCUUCUUCCUGUUCAUGAUGACUGUAUUGUGUUCUUUCACAAAUCAGUUAAGGAUUGGUUGACUGAGAGAACUACCUACGGACUACACAACUUCUCUGUGGAUGAAAAGCAAGGUCAUGCCAUGCUUUCUCAGCUCUGUACUGAUGAAGUGAAUAACGUGAAAAGAAAAGGCGUUUACGGCACAGAAUUCAGUGACACUGCGAGGUACGCCCUACAGCAUGGCGUUUAUCAUAUGCUCCACUCUGGAGACCUGGAACAGAGUACAAGAACAUCCAGCUUUGAAGAAAUCGUUAACAAUUAUGUUACCGACUUAGACAUUGUGUAUGGAAAGCUUUGUGUAAACAACACGGCUAGCUCCGAAGAUAUUAUCCUUACGCAGAAACAAACUCAGUCACUGAGUAGUGAGAGCCAAAAAGCCCUUGGUACCUUGUUGUUUCUUUUGAGAAAGUACCACGAAAGACUUGCGACGAAUCCUAGUGCUUUUUUCCAAGUGAUGGUGAACGAAGGAGGAGACGUUUUUGCUGGUGAAGCGACAGAACUUUUACAGACCAAAUAUCAUGAAAUACCUUACAUGGAGUACAUUCACAAGGGGGCUACGGAGGAGGAGAUGGCGGUCCAGGUCAUGUUUCGCUGCACCUCUCGAGUGGCUUGUUUUGAUAUUUCACCCCAGCAGGAGUCCAUGGUUUGCGAAUGUAGGGAUGGAACGAUUCAACUGUGGUCGCUACAAACAGGGAAGCAAAUAUGGAAACGCCCGGUCACGGUCGAAAAACAUUACGUCGAUGACCUUGGCGUGUUUAGAGUGGUGCCCAACUCAUCUGUUUUGUCAUGUUAUCGCUCUGUUGUUUUUCACCCUACUGAGCCCAUUGUUCUUCCUGGAAUCCUUAGCCGUGCCUACUCAGUUAACGGAGAUUUCCUUCCACUGUUCCCUAAUAGCAACUGCAAAUUUACCGUUUGUUCAGUUAACGGGGAUAGGAUGAUUACAGAUUUCCCUGGUGAUGAAAAAUGCCUUGUCAUGUGGAGUCUAAAAAAUGGCGAUGAAAUUGAUCGGAUCUAUAGGGAGGAGGUUGUUUUGUCUUUUGCCUGGUCUCCAGAUCAAAAACUACUUGCAAUUUCUCAUGUCUCUGGAUUAGUGUGUUUGGUUGAUGCGUUGAAUUGCUUUGAGACACUUGCAGAGGUCACCACUUUUUUACCAUGUGGAAUGAUCAAGUUUGCCCCUAACCUCAAAGCCCUGUUUUGUUGGUGUAAACCAGUAAAGUCUAUGUGGGAGAGAUACCCAAAAGGCAUUCGCUUAGACAUUAUGAAAUUAACUUGUGGCAUAUUUUCCUUGAAUGUUAUUAACGAUAACGUUGACUUUGAGCCUUGGGAUUAUGAAUCAUCCAGCAAAGCUGGAUUCUUGAUGGGAGAUCCUGUAUCAUGUUUGUUCAGACGUUUGGGACCGUAUUGGACUCUUGUAGAGGGGGCGUUUGCGUUUGUCUUAAGCAAACAAAGUGUGUUGAGGGUAUUCCCUGGAAACAACCGCAUUGCCAUGUUCAGUCCUGAAGAAAUGAUAAUUGCAAGAACCACGUCUUGUAGAAGACUCGGUCACGUUGCCUUUGCUGUAGAUGGGAAGUCCGUUUAUGGUGUUACUGAAGACAAGGAAGCAGCAGUGGUAUCUUUUGAUGUAUCAAGUGGAAAACUUAAUGGAACGUUAGAGAUUGGAACUUGUCCUGAUCUCCAUUAUCCUAAACCGCCUCUUACGGCCUUAAACGUUUCUGACAACGGUAUUUGUCUUGUACCAGUGACCAAUGGCGUUCUUUUGAAACAACGUCAUCGUAGGACUGCUGUCCAGCUGUGGAAUUUUGAGUUGUCUCAGCAAGUCCGAAGUUGGCCCAGCUUAAGUGAGGUUACGUAUAUGAUGCCAGUUACAGACCAGCGUGUAGCAUGCGUGGGCAGAAGUUUUGAAGUAAGCAUCCUGGACACGUUAAGUGGAGAUAUAGUGAAGACCAUCUCCCUUUGUCAUGAGGGAUACGAGUCAACAUGUCCAAUUAUCUAUAAAGAAGCCAUAGAAUGUAACAGGAAAUUUCGACUGUUGUCCACUGCUCGUGACUCAGUUCAGCUGUCAGACGACGGAGAUAGUCUAUGGAAGAGUGAUUUUAAAGGUUCUCUGUUGUACUCUUGGAAUCUUCCUGGCAUGUUUUCUCCAACGGAAGAGUUUGUCCUAAUCUCGGCAAAAUCCCCUCAGAGUAAGCAAGAAGUGCACGUGCUUGAUGCAUUUUCAGGAAAAACUCUCCAGACACUAUGCACAGUCGAUCACAUUUUUAACUGUGCAUUUGUGAGUGAGACGGAAUGCGUUAUCGACUGCCAAAAUAUAUUGGAAAGUUUCUGUCUUCGGUUGUUCAAUAUUAUGACUGGAGAAUUGCUUAGUUUACUUUCUAUGGAGAAUAGGCCGGCAUGUUUGUCUUCCUUUCCCCAAGAGGGUUUGAUCGCUAUCGGCCUUUGGCAGUCCAAACGUAUGUGUGCAUUUGUCGCAGUCAAGCGGCCGCGAGACAAAGUCUGCAGGAAAGCAAAGGUGAGAAUGGCGUUCGUUCAUAAGAGUGAUUUCAGAGGUUUUUUUACUUUUGUGCCAAACACUGUCAAAGAAAUAUUGAGAAAGACACUGCUUGUUUCUCUACGGUUUUAUGUGAUUUGCACAUCGCCUAGCGUUCAUUGUUGAUAGUGACAGCAGAGGUACAGCUGUGAGACUGUAUUAUUUUGACACUUUGUCUAUGAAUUUAACAUACAUCCAUAUUGGAACUGCGGAAUGAAGAAAUGAACACAAACAAGAUCAUCCCAGUUAAAGACGCAAGUGUUGCGAUUGUUCAAAGAAAGCCGGAAAAACUGAACCCUGGCCUCUGCGAUACCUAUGCUGCUCUCUAACUACUGAACUAUAGUAAGCCAACAGGCUUUCUUUUUGCAGCUGUAUAAGUUGCGUCUUUGAAUGAUGCAACAUUAUCACAGACAGGGUUCGUACAGAGUCUUGAAUUCUUGAGAAAAAGUCUUAAAAUUUGCAAAGGAAAUUUGUGGAGCUUGGAAAAGUCUGCAAAAAAGAGGUCAAGUCUGGGAAAAUGGUGAAAAGUCUGGAGAUUCUUUGUUUUAAAGCUACAACAAAUGCUAAAUAAGUGAAAUGUUUUUCACGUGGUCAUCAAAUCUCAUUUAAUAUCGCCCUGUAACCAAGACAUUCAGUAUAAGUAUGAGAAGUUUCAGAACUCACUGUGUUAUGUCCACGUUGUACCUUAGGUACUGUACGAUUCCUUUGCAUCAUGGAAAAAAGAUUGGUUUCUGCGUUUUUCAAUGUCUCUAUUGAUUACCUAUUUGAUAACCUUGAGUCUGGAAAAAGAAAUUAUUGUCUUAGAAAAACGUUUGGAAAAAGUCUUUGGAUCCAAGAAUCUGUACGAGCACUGUACAUAGUCUCAUGAUUUGUGAACAGCGUAAAAUAUGAUGUAGUGAUUACGCACGAUUUUCUUAACAGGUUAACCGGUAAAGAACUUGAUCCCUUUUUGAUGGCUGAUCCGUUUGUGCAUCGGAAUUUAUUGGCCGCAGCUGAGCCAGCACUUAACUGUUUGUAAGGGAAAUGAAGCUUUCACGACAACUGAAAUCAUUGCCAGGAGUUCCUUAACCAAGGGCGUUAUCUGUUAAAUCACUGUUACAAGUCGUUCCUUGCCUUAUUUGGGACGCAUGACGAUGUCUUCAGUUUGGAUGGUUUGGUUGUGACUGUGGUGUUGUCUUUCCGCUUUAAGUGAACGUUUUGUGUCUCAUGGUUGUCUUUUCUUUGUUUUGUUUUUAAUCUUACAGGCCUUGAGUGUUCCACAAUGAUGGAUCUGAAGCUUGAUUUGCAUCUUCCAAAGCCAAGAGGUGAUGUGAACAAUCCAGCGUGAAAACCUCAUAAACGGAUGGUUCGAAACUUCUACAAUGGAAACCAUAUUAACAUGCAGGGUUUUCUGUUAAGGUCAUUGAAUUACUUUUAGCAAGUGGCAUAGAAAAGCCCCGGAACUGAUACUCUCUAUCAUAAUCAACAGCUUAAGAUUUGAGGCGUUGCUAGUUGUAAGGGUAGCUUUAAUUAAGAGUUUUUAAGGCAAGGUUUAAUAAAACAGAGAACCAUUAAGGAGUAAAGUACACUGUCGCACGAAGUAGCGUAAGGUUUAUACUUGAAUAGUUGUCAGUGAGUAUCGGACUUAGUAUAAGCAAGCAAAAGAAAACAUCAACCGAACUGAUGUUCUGUAUCAUAAACAGUAGGUCAAGGUUUAUAUUUCCUGAUGUUUGAAAGUUGCUUUUUUUUGGUCUAAGACUUAGUAAUUGCCGUUUAGGAACACCAGCGACAGAACUUGUGUUCAGUAUCACAAUCCAAUAGGUUAAGCAGGGGUUAAGGUUGUACAGACGAACCUCCCUUAACCGACCAAACACAAAGCGAAGACUUAGUGAUCGCUUACGAGAGUCGAACCAUCUGCUUUCUAGAAGAGAAUUUAUUGCGGUCAAUUUCUAAGUUAUGGUAUGUGUAGUUCUAUGUCGUCAUUGAAAGUUCUUAUACCUGUACUCUGAGUAGCGUAGUAC